AUGUCGAACACAAGCAAAGAAAAGCUCCCCGGCGACUCGACUACCGACAUCGAGAACGGUACCACCGCCGAUACUUCCCAGGAGUUAUCCGGCAGCGCAGAUGAGAAGACAGCGGCCCCUGCCAACAAUGCCUGGGGUGGCGGUGGCCUACAGCCUCCUGAUGGCGGUGCAACCGCCUGGCUCUGUGUCCUGGGUGUUUGGUGUACCUCUUUCUGCAGCUUCGGCUGGCUGAAUUGUACCUUAGCCGUGGGUGUCUUUCAGGACUAUUAUCAGAGUGAACUCCUCAAUCAGUAUUCAGCAAGCACCGUGGCAUGGAUCCCAUCGCUACAGAUCUUCUUCAUGAUGGGUUUGGGACCAUUCGUCGGCAUCAUCUAUGAUCAUUAUGGUCCACGCCUCUUGCUUAUCGUCGGCACAGUCCUACACGUACUCGGGAUCAUGAUGACCAGCCUCGCAACAGAGUACUACCAGAUCCUUCUCGCCCAGGGCGUGUGCUCCGCCAUUGGUGCUUCCUGCAUCUUCCAGCCAUCCGUGACAUGCGCUGCUGGAUGGUUCAACAAGAAGCGUGGUGCGGCCUUCGGCAUUAUGUUCACGGGAUCCAGUAUCGGCGGUGUCAUCUUCCCUAUCCUCGUGGCACGUCUGAUCUCCGAGAUUGGGUUCCCCUGGGCGAUGCGGACGUGCGGGUUCCUCAUCCUCUUCCUCCUCAUCAUCGCCAACCUGACCGUCCGCGGCUUCUAUCCCCCGUCGCCGCACCCUGUCAGCGCCACCCAGCUCGCCAAGCCGCUAAAGGAGGUGGACUUCCUCCUCAUCACCGCGGGCUUCUUCUUCUUCAGCUACGGCUUCUUCGUACCCAUCGACUACCUUCCCGUGCAGGCCAUCGCCGCGGGCAUGAGCACCGACCUCGCCGCGUACCUGCUGUCCAUCCUCAACGCCGGCUCCCUCUUCGGCCGCCUGUUCGCUGGCUUCUUCGGCGACAAGAUCGGCCGCUACAACAUCUAUGUCAUCGUCUGCUACCUGUCGGGCCUGUGGAUCCUGGCCCUCUGGAUCCCCGCCACGGGCAACGGCCCCCUCAUCGCCUUCGCCGUCCUGUUUGGUUUCUUCUCGGGCGCCUAUGUCUCCCUCAUCACACCGCUGGUCAUGGCCAUCUCGCCGUUCCCUGAGCUCGGGUUCCGCGUCGGCAUCGUCAUGUUGCUCUGUGCCGUCGCAGGGCUCACAGCGAACCCCAUUAAUGGUGCCCUCAUCGACGGGGCCAGCGGCUGGCUGGGUAUCAAGAUCUGGUCGGGCGUCUUCUGUGUGGCCGGUGCCUCCUUUGUGCUCAUGGUCAGGGUGAGACGUGUCGGGUGGAAGCUGGCUGCUGUAUAUUAA